GUUGGACAGGAUGAUCUCGCUGCUCAUGGGUUUGAUGCUGCGCUGGCCUAAUGCCAUCUAAUUUCUGAUGGCUCACCAUCCAAAGCAACAUGGUGGCCGGGUGGGGCAUGGCUCAGAGUCCUCCCUCUCCGAAGAGUCGUCGUCGACUGAAUGGGUUCUAAGACUGAACAAACAGUGGCAAGCUGAAGAUGUAGACAUCAAUUCUUUCACUGACAACGAGCCUUCGAGUUCUUCGAACCAGAAGUCUUCAAUGCCUUCAAUGCCUUCAAUGCCUUCAGUCUCAGUGCUCUCAGUCCCUGCUGCUCAAGGUAGUGCUUCAGCCUCAGCGCAUCCUCAGCGUGGGCCACCCUGCGUUAUCAUGGCACCGAUCGUUCAUGCGCUCUUGCAAUCACAUCGCGCAGGUGUAUGCGAUCCCUGCGUUUUUUUCAAUUCUGCACGUGGCUGUCGCGCGGGUCGCACGUGCCCAUUUUGCCAUCUUGACCACCCGAAGGUCAAUGUGGCAGGCAGUAACAGGCCUCGCAAGGUUAUUCGGGACAAGAUCAAGGAGCGAAUUGAGCAUUGCCUGCAAGGCCCUCAGGAUGAGGUUCACGCUUGUUUGCAGGAAGUUGCAAGGGACCAUGCAUACGCCCGGUGUUUAGUCCGAGGAUAUUUGGAUGAGGAUGCGCAGGGCGACCUGAAAGAGAAUUCACCUACACAACCGGGUGAAGUAAUUUUCUUAUAGCCCAUCAUACAGCACAACACAUGCACAGGUGUUUGAUUAUGUACAGACAUUUUAUCCUUUAUAAGCGCCUUUCCCAACUUCUUCGGAAUUGGUGAUCUGGCAAUGUUGCCGGUGUGGCGUACGUAGUGUUUGAAAUUUCCCACCGAGGGACUUUCCGGAAUCUGUGUCAUCUGUCA